CACGCGUUUGUAGUCUGUAAGCGCAGACGGCUACGGCACGCGGCAGUGAGUGAGUGCCAGGCGACCUAACCUCACAGUCCGUGUCGCGCGUUCCUCUUGCCGCGCUUCGGCCGCGAAGUCAACAGCUGACGAAUGUAAACAGCCGCACUGCCAUGAAGAGCUUUGCUACCGCUCUACUCCUUUCGGUACUGCUCUUCAGCUUCUUCCAGUCGUUCGACUGUCGAGUAUGGCGGAGAGACGUGCCGGAUUUGGACGAGGACGAAGAUGUAGACGAGGAUAUGGAGGACGACGGCAGAGUGUACAAGAACCCACGCAACUCGCCAUCCGCACUCUGUCCUCGGGAUGAGGAACACGCAGCAUUCCUGGGUCAGAAAUGCCUCAGAAAAUGUUCCUCGGACGAGGAUUGUAAAAGCAAGAAAAAGAAGUGUCUCUGCGACAAUGCCUGUGGGAUGUCCUGUAUAAAACCAGAGAGAGAGUGUGAGGAGUUGCGCAGCCCGGCCCUGGGGACAGUGACGUUGACAGGUCGCUUGUUCAACGACAGAGCUACCUACAGCUGCGAGUUGGGCUACCAUGUUGGACUACCAGUUACAGUGGUGUCUAUGUUACAGAGAGAGAGUGUGAGGAGUUGCGCAGCCCGGCCCUGGGGACAGUGA